AUGGCUGUCGCUUACGCACUAAAGUACUUUUGGAUUGUCGCCAUGGCGGCCUGCACAGGCGCAGUUGCCGGCGGGAACAGCAUGAAGACGAGGGAAGGGCAAAACAGUCAGACUCUUGAGGUGCAACCUGACGACGACUAUGAAGAUGAUGGUGAGAGUUGCUGUAAUAGCUCACGCCUGCUAUACACACAGCUCACUACAAUCACAGGCAUCAUGUUUUCUGAUGAGCUGGGUACGUCGUACGAGGGCGCACUGGGCUCCAUGACAAGUCUGCACCCGGAGGUAUGGUUGAGCUAG